AGCAGCGUUUCGAUUUCUCCGCAACGUGGUGGUGUCUUCGCGAUCGGCAACAUCGGCGUCAUUCUCAAGGCAGCACAGCUGUUAGUCGUGUGUACACGUUAGUCCACGUGGUCGCGUUUUGUGAACCAUCACAAAUGCACGGAUUACAUUAGUCGUUAAAUCAUGCAUCGCGACGUAGAUCUGGAAAUCGAUCCCGUUGGAAGGAAAUCUGAUCGCGCAAACUUUUAAGUUAUUGCUUCUGCGUGAUUUGCAAAUAUCUUUGCUGGUUCUCAGUGAGACGUGAGCGAUUAAAUAUAUUGUAAAUUGAUUGUGAUAACCAUCGAAUCUCUCAAUUUCCGUCGAGAUUGUGUGAGAAGAGACACGCCUCUGUAAUUUUUAAUUCUCGAUGGUAACUUCUUUAUUUUUAAUAUUGGAUUAUGUUGAUAUUUUAUUGUGAUUGAUACAACAUAUGCAAUAUUAAAAUCAAUGCAACAUAUGCUAAAAAUCACAGAUGAACCUUUACUUAUAAGAUAUAUAUCUCUAAAGAGAAUACUGAAGCAAAAUAAUUUUGCAGUAGAAAGUCAACUUUGAAGUUAAUUUUUUAAAGCAAGAUUUUGAAGAGAAAGCAAGAUAUCGAACUAGCUAGCUGAUAAAUAAUGUUAAAAGAGACUGAAGAACAACAUGAUGUCAAAUCUAUAGAUCCUUCAAUCGAAGAUCUUUUUUUGUUCAAUAAUUUUUAAUUAAAUUUUUAAUUAAAACAAUAAUUUUAAUAGCCAUAUGAUUUUCAUGAGAACUAAAGAAAGCAGUUGUUUCUAAUUUGUAGAUUUAGAGACAUUAGUUAUUAUUUCUGAAACUUUCAACAAACUUUUUGACUCAUAUUCUUCUUGAAAAUUAUAGAGAAUUUAAACGAAAAGUUUAUCUUAAAGAAAAUUACGAAAAUCAGUACUGGAGUACUCUAUUUUGAAAUUUAUCUUCCUCAUCAAACUUUUGUGGCACGUAUCGAAUCAAGAGCUUGGAAUCGAAUUUUGAGAUAAGCUUUCGAAUCUCCCGGAGGAGGACCAUGAAAAACAACAUGGCGAAUCCUGAACAAUCUGUAAAUCCAGCAACUACCCAAUCGCGCGGGAAAGUUUGCCAGGAGCAUAGCGAAGAGAAUUGUCCAAGCGAGAACGAACGUGAAUUCGAAUCGCUAGAAUACGAGGAGGAUGCAUAUUACUCAAAGCUGACAACGACACCGAGUUUCGACGACAUCGACGAACUCGACGACGAAGAGGUGGACGAGCUAGUGGUCCACUGCUGGCGCGACUCCAACGGCGAGAUCGACGAGAUCGUUGUGGACGACGGCAACCUGUCUGUCGAGACGGAAUUCCUGCAGGGAGAGUCACAUGACGGCCGCAAGAAAAAGAAGAAGCGAUCGAUUCGCGUGAUCUUCCAGGACUUCUCCAAACCCUACCUCGCCAAGAUCAGCAACAGUCAGAACUACAAGAAAUUCCUCGAGUUAAUAAAAGGUGAAGACGCCUCGCUCCACUCGGCCGGCUCUCUGUCGCCGUCAUCGGAUAACAUGGCGAACGAGCUUCAAGGACUUUCCUUAGAGGAACAGGAACAGCAAAGGGCCAAAUGGAGCGCUGAAUUAACAAAGAUUGAAGAAGAAAUAAAUACUCUGAGACACGUUCUCGCCAACAAGAUCAAGGUUUCGCAGGAUCUGAAGAGGAAGCUUGGCAUUAGCGUCUGGAAGGAGCUCACCGACGAUGUCAAUCAGGGUAUCAAGAAUGUUAAGGAAAGCCACGUUUAUCAGAACGUCGGCGAGACAUUCGGUCGUUUAACCAGGACAAUCUCCGCGAACAGUUUAUACCAAAAAACAGAGUCUGUACUCAAGUCUACGGCUGAGAAGACGACGAGUAUUUUGGGUGGUUUUGGUAGUGGCAUUACCAUGAAAUUGGGUCAGAUGCGUAAUUCCGACAGCUUCCGAUCGCUGGAGGAAAGGGUUGGAUCUGCCUGCGAGAACAUCAAGACGAAAGUCGUGCCUUCGAGAUCCGGUUCGACGCAGAGCUUCGACGAGGCUCUUCGGGAGUCCGAGGCAAUGAGGCGCUCGUCCGCGGCACCGUCGGUCACCAGCCCGACCAUCCCCGAGGAUAAGAUGCUCUCUUAGAGUUCGAAACCGCGCGAAAUUCGUGCGUCUCCUCCGCGCGAUACAAAGUGCUGAUACCGCGCUAUAUUAUUACUGCGUUCGUCUAUUGCAAUCGCUUUAGCGGGCCAAAUGACGACGUAUCCGUGCAUGUCGGAUCCGAUUCAAGUCAUUCGAUACUUCGCUCAAUCGGCCGCGAGCACGAUCGUCCAAGUACUAUCCUACCUAUUCUCUAUCCAAUAAAAAAAAAAUAUAUUUUUCUUGCACGCCAUUCUCCACGCCUUUUCCCUCGCAGGAUCGCCUUUCUCCGGGCCACUUUCAGGACAUCCCCAACGCAAAGUGUCCCACGCGAUUUUUAUACUCUGUACUAAAGAACGGGUACUCAAGACGAUCUGUUUUCCAAACAAUGAAAUGCCUUUUGGAAUUUUUUUAUAAUUAAUAAAUAUAAUUGUGAUUUGUAAAUACAAUAAAAUAUAUUUGGGGCUCGAAUCGGAGCUGAUUAUUUAUGCGUGCCGCGAGAGAAACCUAAUUUUGGAUGAAAUUGCGAAAAAGAGAAAUUUACGACAUGGUUUCCCCUAUAAUUUUCAUCGUCGCGCGAUAUACAUUUGUCGAUAGUUCUUUUUUUUUCUUUCGUUGUUAGAGCAAUGUAUUAAGUCAAUUUAAAUCUUUCUGUAUGCACUUAUAUCUCUGCAAAUAUUCAUAAUUUUUGACACUCGGAGUUUCAUUGCGUAUUACCGGUGUCCUGAAUCAAUCUAAUUGAGCUGCCAAAAGCAACAGUCUUCAACGAUUUAUGACCCGUCCACUGACAAUAUUUUACACUGUAUACUUAACGGAACUUCUCACCUACUAUGCAGAUUUAAUUAAUGCGAGUCAUUCGAAAUAUUCAAUCCGCCAAAAGGCAUAUCUAAUCAAAAUCUCGAAAACGGAAAAACACAUCGCUAUAUAUAGCCUUUAUUUUUUCUAUUUAUCUAAUUACAGAAAAUUGUAGCAGAUUGACAGGAUUAUUAUAUAAAAAAGUCAUGCUAAUGAAACUUGUUACAAAUAAUGAAAUCAAAUCGCGAUAAUAUAAAUGAAGAACGGUUUUCCAUGUACCGUAAAUGAUUUUGUCGCAAAUUAUGCAGAAUGAGUCAUGGAAGCAAAACGUUCUUUAAAAAAGAAUUUUUUUUUAAGGAAACCGUUCAACAAUUCUGUUUUCUAUCGACUUAUUCUGUACAUUAGACUAUGAGUGGGAAUUUCUCGUGAUUUCACGAAUGGUAUUUUUUAAAUGCGCGGAUCUAAUUGGAUUUGCAAAUAUAAACGAAAUUCGAGAGAUAUUUUGUAUUCUAGCUUUUCGGAUGGAUUAUCGACGAUGCAUAGUAGUACAUGUGUUCUUGUUAACAUUAAUACGCAAUAAUUUACACGUGAAUCUACGAAAGUAAAACUCGUGCGAGCACGUGCAUUGUAAUCGUGAAUGUGAUUGAUUGUUAAUAACGACAAUUGGCCGUGAUUCGUCGAUAAUGUCUACUGCAUAACACCUUGUUCAUAUUGAUAAAUAAAUUAUUUUAAAUGCUAAAA